CUUGUAUGCGUACGUGCCCACAGCUCAUUCCGCACGCACGCCUAUGCACCUUAACUUAAUAUAUAUGCCUUUACCCUCAAUCCCACUUUCUUCCCUAAAAUUCCACAAAUCUUUUAUCUCUUCUUCUUUUACACAGCAAAAAACAAGAAACGAAAGGACUAAUGGAUCCAUGUCCUUUCGUGCGUAUUGUGAUAGGAAGUUUAGCUUUGAAGUUCCCAACUGAAUCUAAACUGCCCCCCACUACAAAUUUUGACUGUAAGAUCAAGCUUAAAGGUUUCUUGACACAAUCAACAAGUAUCUCAGCGUUUUUUCAAGAACAAGAAGCGAUCUUGGAUAACAGAAUUCAUGGUUUUUUUAACUUCAGUAAAUCAGAGCUAGUGAAACUUGUUGAGAAAUCGAAUGUUAGAGGAAAACCAAGUUGUUUAAAGAUUGAAAUAUAUGGGGGUAAGAUGGGUUUUGGGUAUUUAAAGGGUAGUACUGGGAAGCUUUUGGGAAGUGUUUUGGUGCCAUUAGAUUUGAAGAGUUUGGAAAAUAUUGGGCAUAGAGGAGUUGUGAUUCAAAAUGGAUGGGUUUCUGUUAAUGGGUCUAAUGGUGCAGAAUUGAAUUUGAAUGUGAGAGCUGAACCCGACCCGAGAUUUGUUUUUCAGUUUGAUGGUGAACCUGAGUGUAGUCCACAAGUCUUUCAAGUCAAUGGCAACGUCAAGCAACCUGUUUUUACUUGCAAGUUCAGUUUCAGAAACUCCGGUGACCGGAAUAUGAGAUCCAGAUCGUCACUAUCAGAACCAAGCACAUCAACAAGCUGUUUCAGUUCUUGCACAUCAGAUAAAGAGACACCUGUAAAAGAACGAAAAGGAUGGUCAAUAACAGUCCAUGAUCUCUCAGGUUCACCCGUUGCAGCAGCAUCGAUGGUAACCCCAUUUGUCCCAUCACAAGGUUCUGAUCGUGUUAGCAAAUCUAACCCCGGGUCCUGGCUCAUCCUCCGACCCGGUGACAACACCUGGAAACCAUGGGGUCGCCUGGAAGCUUGGCGAGAACGCAACGGUGAGCUCGGAUACCGGUUCGAGAUCAUCCCUGAUGGAGCCACUGAUGCAAUCACAUUAGUCAACUCAACAAUCAGUACCAAAAAAGGUGGUAAAAUUGGGAUAGACAUUAUCAACGGGGCUACCCCGUUGACUAGCCCGAACAGCAGCUUCGACCUGAGUUCCGGGUCAGGAUCCGGAUCGGAUUUCGGGUCGCAACCUGGAUCCGGGUCGUGGGCGCAGCUGCUGUACCGGGGGUUCGUGAUGUCGGCGACAAUGGGGGGCGAGGGGAAGUGUAGUAAGCCGGAGGUGGAAGUUGGGGUGCAGCACGUGAGCUGUGCGGAGGAUGCGGCGGCUUUUGUGGCGUUGGCAGCUGCUAUGGAUCUCAGUAUGGAUGCUUGUCGGUCAUUUUCCCAGAAGCUGAGAAGAGAGCUGAGACAGCAGGAUCAAGAAUGAUGCGAUUAAACGGGUCGGGUCGCAAUUAUCAUGAUGGGUUGCUUCGUGGUUCAGUUUAAGUUUUGCUAAUUAACUAACUUGACAGCAGUUUUUAGCUGGAUUUUUCUUUUUCUUUAUUGCUUUUUCACGAGUGUACAGUGCGAAGACAGCUGUUUGUUUUGAGUUUCCUUUUAAUUCUCCACCUCACUUUUGGAAUGUAUUUAUUGAUUGAUUGAAUUGUAAUAUAAUGAUUUUGAACUUUCGUUA